UUUAAGCCUGAAGAGGAGGAGGAGAUUUAGAGUAGAGAUUUAUGGGGCAAGUUUGGAAGAACAUAUUGGAUAUGGGGGAGGAAGAGAGGGAGAUAUGGAGGUGUGUUGGGUGUGGAGGGAGGAGAUAUGGGAAGAAAGUGGGCCUGGUUUGGUAUUGUUAUGUUUGUGUAGGGUCUUUGGAGGAAUUUUUUACUUUGGAUGCCAGAAUGUUGAUGAAGAAGCCACUAUAGAUACUGAAGGAACUAAGUUUAGGGCUCAGAGUAUUUUUGAACAUUUUAGUAGUGUAUUUUGGACACAGAGUCUUCAAUGAUAAUAUCUAUUCGAUGUUCAAGCCUUUCAACCGCAUCUUUAGCAUAAUUCGGGAACACUUGUUAUCUGUAUUUGUAUCUCCUUGUUUUUGUAUACAUGAUGAACCAUUAUGAUGCAAGGAAGAUGUGGGGCUUUGUCAAAUCCAGACUUGAUAAACCUGUCACUAAAGAAUACCACACUUAUGACGAUGAUUGUACCAUCAACUGGUAUAAUAUUAUCGAUAACAUGGACCAUUACUUCUUAGCCCAUUUCACAAACUGGUUCCUUGCUGCUGUCAUUCUCAGAUACUCUUACCUACUCCAUUUCUGGAGUUUACUUGAUGAGAUUCUUGAACUGAGUGCCCAGCAUAGACUUCCUCACUUUAGAGAGUGCUGGUGGGACCACGUAUUCCACGAUUUCUUACUGACGAACACUCCAGGGAUCAUUCUCGGUCUCAAAUUUGUAAAGUUCCUUGGACUCAAGGAGUAUGACUGGCUUGGCAGAAAAGGUAAGAGCAGCAUUAGAGAAUGGAGAGUAUUCAACUGUUACUACCGCUUUGGAGGAAUCAUUCAAAUGUACUUCAUUAUCAGUGCUAACUUCUUGACAGGAUUCUUUAUGAUUAAUGUUCUCUGGCUUCCUCCUCUCAGCAUUCCAACAGUAACAAGAAUGUACAUUUGGUUCUUGCUAGGAAACAUUUCAUUCAAAGAGAGAUAUAACGUAUUAGAAAAUAAAGACGACCCUAAAAGGAGAAAUGAGUAUAAUGACCCUUCCAAUAGAUGGGUGACGUAUGGCAUUGUUAUUCUCAAAAUUGCAAUCUCUCUUAAAUUUGUAAGAGACGCGGGAAAUCUUACAGAAGACCCAAUGCCGAUGUAUGUCAUAAUAUUUUGGUCAAUAGUACUCCCUCUGCUUGCUGGUUACUAUAUCUAUCUCAGAUGGAUCAGAAAUACCGACAAAGAGUUCAAAGAACAGCACCUUGCCACUCCAAGCAAGAAAUCUGUCAAGAAGAAUGGUUUUAGAAUGUCAACUGAUAAAAAGAGAAGAUAA